AUGCGUGCCCGUUCCCACAUGUCAACGUUGGUACCCGCUCGGGUGUAUGCCGCGACUUUGCUGUUCUCGGCUACUGUUCUCGGGGGCUCGACUGCGACAAGCAACACGUUCGUGAAUGCCCCGACUUUGCGGAGCAUGAUAUCUGCAAAUUCCAACGCGAAGUCUGCGACUGCUCUGGCUCCUCUUGUUUCUUCUUCUGGUGCUCCCAAGGCUGACUCCAGUGUGGCGACUGUCACGGUCGAGGACGCCCAGUUAGGGGAUGAGUUCAUUUCGCUGACCUUCAAUGAAAGUGAGAGCGAGACCGGGGAUGAUGACAGCGAGGACGGAGAAAGUAGCGAAGACGACGAGAGUGACUCAGAUGAGCUCACACAGGACACUCGCGACGAGAUGGACCGCCCGCUCGGCCCCCGCCAGCAGCCACCUGGGGAACGCUCUACCGCUUACGAAGAUAUCUUCGGUCGUCGCGCUGCCAAUCACCAUUCCCAGCAGCCACCGUAUCCUCCGAACCAGGCUCAAUAUCAGCCCUAUCCUCCUCAGCAACAAUACUACCCCUCGCAGGGAUACCCGCAAUACACGCAGCAGCCGCAGUACCGUCCUCAAGCUCCAUAUCCCCCGUCGUAUCCGCAACUGCAGACCCCGUAUCAAUACGUUCGUGCACCCGCUGGUCCCCGUGCACCUAGCCUCCAUUCCUCCGUCUCGCACCCGCCCUUCCAGCAAAACCACCCUGGGCAUGGAGUUUUGGUCCCGCCACCGACCCAGAUGAGGGAUGAACAAGGUCUCACGCCGGCCCAGGCGUACCAGGCGCAGGUCGCGUAUGGACGAACCAGUCCUGCACCUCCGCAGGCCGGUAUGAGCCGCGGAAGUUUCCUCCCGCCACCUAAAUCGAAUGGGAUCGCUGCGAAUGGGGGACUCGGUUUCAACCUCAACUUCGAUGACUUCGGCGCCAAUUCUGCGCAAAACGAACGAGCGAAUUCAUCUGGUGCUGGGGUGUGGUCGACGACUCAGCGCCUGGGAGUUUUGAUGAUGAUGAAGAAAGUGAACUGCCUUGGGCGCGAGAACGAGAACGUCCAAGCACAUAGGAUCUCGACUGCGUCCGACACACCUCCUACCUCCAUUCGCUCCUCCGUCGCGUCUUCAUCGACAUCGCCGACCUCGCUCGAACAUGAGCCAUUCCCUCCCGCAGGGAACUAUGCACCUUCCAAUUAUUCGGGAACCACACUGGCGGCCAGUAGUACAGGGAACCAUUCGACGACCAACCGACGCCAGUCUGAAAGUGCGCGAACUCUACCGAGGCUUUCUGGUCCACGGAAAGACCGGGCAGCUCAAGACCGAGCGAUGAGCAUGUCUGCAGUGUCCUCAAGCUCAACGCCACCCUCCCCGGCAUUCUCGUUGAUUCCCGGCCCGGGUGGUCCGAUACAUACAAAUUCGUCGUCCUCGACUGUCGCACACCCGAAACGACCGAGAGGUGCACCGAUAGUGUACCCUGCCUUACUCUCGCUCGUAGCAGAUGCAUUCCGACAGCGGGUGCCUCUGGGUGAUCGCGUGAAAGAUGAGCUCACCUAUCACGACGCGUUUGAUGGACGAGAAGCUGUUGAUCGGAUAGCGCAUAUCAUCAAGACAACGGACCGAAACCUGGCGCUACUGCUAGGCCGGGCUUUGGAUGCUCAAAAGUUCUUCCACGAUGUCACAUAUGACCAUCGCUUACGCGACAGCGCAUCGGAGCUGUAUCAGUUCCAGACCAAGUUAUCCAGCCCGUUCGCCAGUGGAGAGAUGACGAUCAAGGGAAGCGAGGUUGGGGAGAAUCUGCUAGGUCCCCCGUCCGAUGUCGUGUCCCCGGAUUCGUUCGAUGACGCGAUUGGUCUGGUGGACAAACAAGAUGAUGCGCCGUUGCCCACCGCAUGUCCUCGGAGACUAGAGCAGCAGGCGAGGCUAAACAUGAAACCCGAGCCAGGUCUCAAGAACUCGAAGGAAACCAUCGCCGAGACACUCAACGAGCCUGAUGGCGACUCUGGUUUGCUGUGGAUCCACUCGGUACCUGCGGAGAUCCUCGCCAGCAUCGGUGACACCGAGAGGAAGCGACAAGAAGCGAUCAACGAAGUCAUAUACACUGAACGCGACUUUGUUCGCGACAUGGAGUAUCUUCGUGACACAUGGGUCUCUCGUAUCGCGGCAGCCGACUUCAUUGAGCCCGCAGAACGAAAGGAGCAGUUUUUGAUCCAAGUCUUCUGGAAUGCUCACGAUAUCAUCACUGUCAACGGCAAGCUCCGGGACGCCCUGAACAAGAGGCAACGUGGCUACGUUGUGGUGGAUAAGAUUGGAGACAUCUUUAUGGACGCGGUACCGCAUUUUGAGCCAUUCGUUAUGUAUGGAGCGCACCAGCUGUACGGGAAGUAUGAGUUUGAGAAGGAGAAGGGGCAGAAUCCUGCGUUUGCAGCAUUCGUCGAGGCCACCGAACGACUACCUGAAUCACGGAAACUGGAGCUCAACGCAUAUCUGACCAAGCCGACCACUCGUCUCGCUCGUUAUCCGCUACUGUUGGAAGCAGUGCUCAAGCACACACCCGCUGACUCUACGGACAAACAGACCUUGCCGCUUGUGAUUGAGAAGAUCCGAGCCCUGCUCUCGAGGGUGAACGAGGAAUCGGGCAAAGCGGAGAACCGAUUCAACCUUGCUCAGCUGGAUUCUCAGCUGCAGUUCAAGCAAGGGGAUCAGGUUGACUUGCGUUUGCGAGAAGAGGGCCGUGAACUUGUCUACAAGGGUCCGCUCAACAAGCGAGAUGGCGAGCUCCAGGUGUAUCUGUUCGAUCAUGCCCUGCUGUUCGUCAAGAUCGUUAAGCAGAAGCAGACUGAGCAUAUGCGAGUUUACCGCAAACCUAUUCCUUUGGAACUGCUUCUCGUCUCAGCGUCGGAAGACAUGAACGGCAAAGAUAAGGACACGCUGCGAGGUCAACGGCGGCAGCUCGUGCGAAAGUCGUCGUUCGGGAACGGCGCUGGACAGCGGGGGUCGCCACAUCCUCCUUCAGUCGUGAUCCGAGCAGACGCCAAGGGACCGAAUUGGAUCAGUUUCUCGCACCUGGGGAGGAAGGCGUACAGUCUGGUGCUGUCUGCCGGCACGCCAUUGGCUCAGCGCAAAUGGAUGGAGAAUAUCAUCAAGCAGCAGACGGCUAUGCGCGAGAGGAGUCUGGUCUUUGAUACGAUCGCACUGAGCGAGGGUUUCUUCGGUGCCAAUAAGGUCAAUUGCGCUGCACCCUUCAGCGGUGGACGGCGUAUCGUGUAUGGCACUGACGACGGUGUCUACAUCUCUGACUUGCGGGAGCUUCACAAGGAUCCCGUCAAGGUUCUUGCCCUGCUUGACGUUAGUCAAGUAGAUGUUCUCGAGGACUACCAACUGCUUAUCGUUUUGUCGGAACGCCUUGUCAUGACUUUCCCUCUGGAAGCGCUGGACGCAAAUGACCCGACGGCUGGUCUCAAGCGCGCCAAACGGAUUGCAACGCAUACGUCCUUCUUCAAAGCCGGGUAUUGUCUCGGGCGGGUGAUUGUCUGUGUCGUCAAGUCAACGCAGCUCUCGUCUACGUUCAAGGCUCUCGAGCCGAUCGAGCAGAAUGUCCGAGGGCGUGCUAAGCCGACGUUCAAGAAGCUUCUGCAGGGUGGAAACGACACCCUUCGGCCGUUCAAGGAAUUUUAUAUUCCUGUCGAGUCUACCUCGAUCCACUACCUCAAGACUAGGAUGUGUAUCGGCUGCUCUAAAGGCUUUGAGAUUGUGGAUCUGGAAACACUGGAAACCCAGGGUCUGCUUGAUCCCUCGGACGAAAGUCUCGAAUUCGUUCGCAAGAAGGAGAAUUUACGGCCGAUGGCGAUUUAUCGAGUCAACAAUGACUUCCUUUUGUGUUACGAUGGUGCGCCGGUCUGGCUUUUGUCUGUUGCUGUCCUACUGAACAUCUGCGCAGAGUUUGCGUUCUACGUGAACCGGACCGGUCGACGAUCGCGAAAGAACUUUAUCGUCUACUGGGAAGGAACACCCACUGGUUUCGCACUGCACGAGCCAUAUGUGCUGGCGUUCGAGCCCUCGUUCGUCGAGAUCCGACACAUCGACACUGGCUUGAUGUCGCAAGUGAUCCAAGGGUCGAAUCUCCGCCUACUUUUCGCUGACACCCCUCCGUCUGUGAACAAUGGGACCGGGUAUGCAUAUAACCAGGGCGGGUAUGACCGCUCACCGCAGUUCAACCCGUAUGCGCCUCCGCAGUACCAGUACCAGCAGCAGCAGCAACAGAGAUAUCCGCAGGGCGUGGGGCGGGACGAGAUCUUGAUGGUUUCCGACGACCGGGUGCUUGCGCUCCGGACCGCCGAAGGGCCGCAGCGUUUUAUGUCUGAUAAUGUGUCGAUGAUGUCCAUGCCUCGAUAAUCGCUUUCGUUCACACUAUUAGUAGUACUGAUUGUCAAUUGCGUUUUCUUUUACAUAUACAGUAUAUAUAUAUCAUCCACCAUUACACUUGCUUUUGUACACUCACUGCAAUACCAGGAUCCUCUGUUCUCAGCAAUGCAUUGAAUUCAAUGUGUAUUUAUCGAAAUAUUAC